UUGCCGUCCCUGUCACUCUAUAUCCAUUCUCCCGAAGUGUAACUUUAGAGCUAGGCCCACAACUAGAUGGUGCUGCUAAUUACAUCAUUACAUGUAUGGACUCUAACAACCAAAGCUGUAAAGAAAAGACAGUCCAGAGAUUCCAGAAUCGCAAAUUUAAUGUGACAAUCAGUGACUUGAAACCAUAUCAGGACUACAUGUUUACUGUGGAUACACAGACUGAAACUUUGGAUGGACAUUACAAAAGUGUAGCAAAAAUGUACUCCAUUAGGACCUUACAAUCUGCCCCUGGUCCAGUUGUAUCUUUAGCUGUAAGUGAACCAGUGUUCCGUACAGUCAAGUUAACAUGGAAGCCACCUGUUGAAGCCAAUGGAAUCAUUACUAAAUACAUGAUCAGUUAUACCAAGGAUAAUGAUAAGCAAGAGGAGAUUUUCCCCACUGAAUCUUUGAUGAUAGAAGUCACCAUAGCAAAUCUCACACCUGGAGUAUCUUACACCUUUAAGGUAUCAGCGUACACUGUGGAGAAGGGCAAUGAAACUGAGAUAAAAUAUGAAACAAAAACACAAGCCCCAGUAUUUAAAGAAAGCUUUACACUGGAGAGCAGCAAACCUAAACUAGCACCAGAAGAUCAGAGACCUGUGACAGAAAACCAGAUCAAGCUACAUUUUAUCAACCCAUUCAGUGACGCCAAUGGAGAAAUUAUAGAGUAUUCAGUGAUUGUAUCAACAGAGCUUUCACCUGAACAUGACACCAAUGAUGACUUGCCAACUUGGGACCAGGCUAGAAAGGACAGUACAAAAAAAGUUUACAAGGCCAUCAAUAGAUGUAAAGACUUCUUCAGUUCAUCCUCAUCGUGUGGAACUGCUACAAGAAAAAAACGUGAAACAGAAAACGCUGGACACCUGUUUGUUGUUGGAGCUGAGUUGAAUUGUGAGGGGAAAGUAUUCUGUAAUGGCCAGCUGUCUGAGAACACAGGGUAUUACAUCAAGCUGCGGGGCUACACCAAGCAUGGACAUAAUGACACAGCUUAUUCAGACAUGAUCAAAACAGCUGAAAGUCAGUCCAACAGUGUAGCUUCCACUAUAGGAGGCGUCAUUGGUGCCUUCAUUAUUCUCAUUCUCAUUGCUGUGGCUGUCAUUUUGUUCCUUAAAUGGAGAAACCGUCCAAAGAAAGCCUCUAAACAUUCAGCACCUCAAUCGUCAUGGGAGCACAACGCACUUGCAAAAUUAAGCCGUCUUGUGAAACUAUCUGACUUUCCAUUCCAUGUGAAGGAAAUGGAAUCCGACUCAGAUUUUAAAUACGCUGAAGAAUAUGAGGACGUAAAAGAAGUGGGACGUGAUCAGCCCUGUACGGCUGCAGAAUUUCCACCCAACAGACCAAAAAAUCGCUUCACUAACAUUUUGCCUUAUGACCAUUCGCGUGUUCAACUUAUAGCAAGAGAAAACGAGGAAGGAUCAGAUUAUAUCAAUGCUAACUACGUGCCAGGUUACAACUCAGAUGAAGAAUAUAUAGCCACACAAGGGCCUCUAUCUUCAACACGAGAUGAUUUCUGGAGAAUGAUUUGGGAAAAGAACUGUCGAAAUAUUGUUAUGUUGACACGCUGUAUUGAGAAAGGGGUGGAAAAAUGCGACCAAUAUUGGCCCUUAUAUUCUGUUGCUCAGAAGUGUGGCGAACUUUGGAUAGUUAGCUUACAUGAAAUCAAAAUGCCAGAAUGGACUAUCACAAAACUUAAAAUUUCUAAAGGGAAAAAGUACAAAAAGAUUCUCCACUUUUGCUACACUAUAUGGACCAAACACGAAAUCCCGUAUUCACCAGUUUCUCUGAUCCAUUUUGUGAGGACAGUGAGAGAAAAGUUGCGACAAGUCUCUAGUCCAAUUGUUGUUCACUGCAGCUCUGGUACAGGAAGGUCAGGAGUUUUUAUUGCAGUUGAUCACAUUCUACAGCUGAUUAAACAAAAAGAUGAAAUCAGUGUCACUGAACUUGUUUAUAAACUUCAUAAACAGAGAAAAUUAAUGCUGCAAAAUGUGCAUCAAUAUAAAUUCAUUCAUGAGUGUUUACUGUGUGUGCUAAUGGGGGAAGAAACAUCCUAUGUGAAUUUUGGAGUUGGUCGCCAGGUACAAGAUGAUGAGGAAGCAGACUCUAACUACUAUAUGAUCAAUGAGUAUGAAGAAAUUGAUGAAGUUUUAUACACAGGUUAUGACAGAAUUCCUGGAGAAAGUCAGAAGUAACAUUUUGACUAAAACACAAAUCAAUAUUACAGAACCUA